UUAUGGGAGGAAUGUUUCCUCUUUGAGCUAUUUUAUUGUCACUGCAGGCUAAAGGUUGAUCAGGUUGAAUACAGUUAUGUAUCUUAUGAUAAUAUUUUUUUAUGAAGCACUUCGAUCCGUCUGGAAGAAAGUGAAAGUGUGAGAUUUUACAAACUUGUUUUUUUUUUCUUUUCUUAGUACAUUCCACAUUUCACUGAGCAUCUAACAAAACAUAGCUGUUUGUUAUCAGCAGUUGUUUAGAUAUAAUAAAAUUUGCAUUUGAAUCUGGAUAUGAAGCUGUCAUUCAAUGGGCAUAUAUUUAAAAAGGUAAAGACUCGCUGAGGCACAGUUCCAUGAAUCUUUGUUUUGGUCAUCAUACUUCUGUGAAGCUACAGUAUAUUUUCUAAACUUUUGGGACACCCCUCAAACAGUCUGAGCCAAUCAGCAAAAGCAGAGCAGUGGUUUCCAGGAAACUGGCCUGCUGUCAUUUUAUCAGCGGUUCACAGUUCACGAUGUCGCACACGGACACCAGUGACAGUGAGCAAAACUCUCGUACAACUACGUAAGCUUGUUCAAAAUGGUAGACACUCUUAUCUAUUGUUUUGAUGCAGUACACAGACCAGAGAAUUUUUUGCAACAAUGAUAAAUUAAACAACGGAUUAGUACAUAUUUUUGUAUUAACGUGAGAGACAGGCAUCAACUGUGAUGGUCAACCCAUAUGAUGCAUGCACUCACUCCUCAGUAGAGGAGCAGGCUGUGAUCCAUUCCCAUUCAUCUCUGAGACCUCCGAUUCCCAGGACUGUCCAGAACCAUCCACCACCCAGAGUUCCCAUGACCAGCAACCCGAAGCGCUGGGUGAUGAAGCCUUUCUCCCCUAAGCUAGAGCAGCUGGAUUUGCGCUCCAUAUUGAGCCCUACAGGCCAACCACAGUCACUAGAGAACACGUGGAGUAGCAGUCAGGAUGGUAACGCUUUCAGGUUCAGCUUUGAAAGCAUAACAGUAACAGACGUGCAGCCCACUGUGAUAGUGUCCUCUGGGUAUGGCAAUAGUCCUUCAGAUGUGGUGGUCCAGGCUAGGCAAGUGACUGUGUCUGAGGAUGGAAGUGACAGUGAAGACUUUAGGCCCAGUACUCCAAGCAACCCCAGCAGCCCUGGAACCACCAGCAGUACAGGCUCACAUGUUGGAUUCUAUUCCUUUGUGGAUGACCCAGCAAGUCCAGAAGCAGAGAUGAAUGAGGUCUACAUGGUUUCUCCACAAAGGCAGGCCAAACUGAAUACCCUGAAGGAGAAGAGCACCUUUAAGCUACAAACGUACACAGAGGACAAGAUACCUGGAAGGCUUUUUGAAGAAACUAAUGGAGAUGAACAUUACCGAAUUGAGGAUGCCUCCAUGGUGAACAAAGAGGAGGAAAAUCCAAACCGAAUGGAGAUCAUCCAGAAUCAGGCACCCAAGAAAAGCCUUAAAGAGAAGUGGAGUGCCUUAGAGAAUCUGGACCUCAGUAACAAGCCGCAAAGUCUCCUGGAUGGGUUAAGUCUAAGCUACAAACCAGUUAGUGAGAAGACUGAAGAAGCCAGGGUGGAGCCUGGCACCAUAGUCAAUGAGCAAAUUGACUUCAAUGCAGCACGAAAGCAGUUUCUAAUGAUGGAACAAUCAAAACAGAACCCCUUCCUACACAGUCCUGAGCGGCUCCCUUAUUCCCCCAAACUCUGGGGAAGAACUUUAUCCUCAACGGCCAACAUCUUUACUCUAAGACAAGUAAGCGAAGAGAACUGCCUAGAGGAGAAUGAGAUCCCACAAGCAACACAACAAGAAAUAGAAGUAAAGACUGAAACUGUGACUGAGGAUUCAAAAAAUGGAGGUGCCUUAGAUGAUGUUGACUCUGGUCUUGGUGACCGAAGUGGAGGAUACGCCAGUGAUGGUAGCAUUUCAAACAAUCCUUCCAAUUCAGAGAUGGAAAGCUACUUGACAAUGUCAAGUGCAGAGGAGACUCCCAUUCAAAGGGAAAUUAGAAUUUCCCAACAACGGGAAGAGAGUCUACGUCGAUCAAGGGGUAUCUCGCACAAAGACAAUUCAGAGAUGGUGGAGAUCAGAAUAAAGCCAAUUCUGUCCCUGUCAUCUCCACAGGUGAAAGUUGCAAAACCCAAAGAACCCAACAGAGUAAGUUUCCUUAUUCAGAGACAGCGUGAGCUUGAGAAAGAGCAACAGAUCACAAACGGUGUUUCAAGCCAUGAUAUCCUAGAAAACCAAGUACAGGACAAUAAGAAGUCAUUUGAGUCACAACCGGAUGAAAUUCCAGUCCCAUCUUUGGGGGCAAGUCUAAGAGAAAGCCCCACAACUGAUUUAGAGCAAAUCACAGUCUAUGCAGAAGAUAAGUUGAUUACAGAGAAACCUGCGCUAGUAGAGGAAGGUGACUUUUUGGACUCAAAGGAAGUUCUUUCUCCUUGCUGUCCUCAUCGACAUCCUGACGAAUCUAUCCUUCAGAGAAACUCUGAAAGCAGCACUUUUGGACAUCAAAUAGAAGUAUGUGCAUAUCCUGAGGACCAUUUUAAAGCAAGCAUACAUAAAGAAAAUAGUGUAGAGUGCCAAACUAAUACCCUUAGAACAAAGAAAGUGUCAUCCUGGAUUGUGGAAAAUUACAGCAGCAUAUCAGGAAGGAACCGGCUUUACUCUCAAAAUUCUCCGUCCCUACUGGAACCUGCAAAAACUAGUCGGCACACUCCUACCUGGAAAUCUCACCUCGAGUACACCGACUGGAGCCCCAAAAUGCAGAAUGCCCCAAGCAGCAUCCGUCAGGAAAUUGAAGAAGACCUCAGACGAGAACAAGAGCUCCUAGAGCAGAGAGAGUUCAGUAGUCGGUCUUUCUCAGUUACCAACCUAGCAUCUGUCAAUCCAGUGCUAAGUUCUUCUGAACCUAGGUCUCCUCUAACCAGCGAGGAAACUGAAUUUUCACCACAAACUCCACAUGGGAACAUGGCAGAAGUGGAUUCGGUAUUUUCAGAAAAGAAAACUAAUUACAGUAAUCCUUUUUCUGGGAGUCUGGACACUUCUCGAUCAUCCAUUACAGAUAAAAGUUCACAGUUGUCCUCACCACGACCCACUUUCAGACUUCCCUCUGUGUCGAUAAUGACACCCCAGCCAUGGGGCAGCCCGAAACCCAUGUCCCCAACUGUUUCGCGGACAACCCCCAUCAAGCCCUUGAGCGCGCUUGCUGACCUGUCUUCACCUUCUUCCCAGAAAGGUCUUACUGAGACACUGCUAAAGGACUUUGAGGACAGACGGGUCCAACUGAAGCUGGAAGAAAGUGCAUAUGCUGGGAUCCAACCUAUUGAUGCCAUAAACAAUGAGGUUGUAGUGGCCACCCGUGUAAUAAGGCAUAAAAACAAACGAGCCCUGCAGUGGGAGGCAGGCAUGUAUGCCAACCAGGAGAGCUAAUGAAUCCACAACGACAUGACAGGACACACCAGAAAUCAUCUUCAGAUGAGAAGGACUGGUUUUAAUUCCACAUUUCACCUACCAAGCACACUUCUUGUGUCACCUCACCAUAUAAAAUCAAUUAACAUGAAACAUGGACAUUGCUUCCAUCCCACUCAGUUUAGCUGGCUGUUCUGAAUUGACUGGUGUGGUGGAAAUAGGUGUAGGUGUGGAGAGCAUUCACCUGUUUAUAUGGGGUGAAUUGUAAGCUCUAGCAAACUGGAUCAUGAAAACUUUAUCUAUUUCUCCCCCCAGUCCUAACAUUGAACUACCAUCCUUAAUACUUAUAAAAUAUACACAUUUAUACAAAUCUGCCAUCUGAAAAUAAAACAUCAGACUGUGUUCCAGAUUAUUCAUGACACUAACCACUUAAAUGUAUAGACCAGCUUGCUUUUUAUACAAGGAAUAAAACCUACAUAGAGAGAAGGGACCGUGAGAAUUUAUUAAUACACCUCCAUAGAGAAACCUACAUAGAGAGGAGGGACCUUGAGAAUUUAUUACCGUAAUACACAAGACUGUUGAUAACAAAAACAUCUUUAUUUUGAAUAUAAAAAUAUUAAAUAUCAAUAGAAGAUUUUAUUUUGUAUUGAAUAUUUAUAAAAUAUCAAUAGAAGAUUAUUUUUGUAUAGAAAAUACUGAAGAUUCAUAAAGUUGCACCGGAGAUUACUGCUGUAUUGUAAAUUAAAUAUGAUUAUUUUUCUUAUUUUUUUUAAUGUACAAUCUACAGAUUAGACAUUGUAAAUUAUAUAUUUUCAUUACUCAAUUUUUUUGUUUCAAUAAUAGUCUGGUAUGUCAAAAUUAACUUAAUAUCAAAAGAUGAUAUUGAUGUAUUCUGUGUCGUUAACACAUAAUAAUAAUAUAUGAAAUAUAUAUAAGGAUUGAUUUUUUUAAUGUAAGUAUAUAUGAAAAAUUUUCAAUUGAAGAUUUUAAGGUUUAGCCCUGAACAGUGAUUCCAUGCCACUGGUACUGCAGAAAAAAAUUCAAACAUAAUGUAAAACGGUAUAAAAAAAUACUAGUCCAGUACCAUUAAUGUAUACCCUCAUAAGCAGCAAAAACCUAUGUGCAAUAUCAGUCUUGUUGUGAUUUCUAUCUUCUUGUAUGUUAAAGUUCCAGCAAUAUUGUAAUCUCACUAAUUAAAAACCAUCAUAAUAC